UCUGGGAGCGGGUCGAAUGGUGCGAUGAAUUCCUUAAAGGAGAAUAAUACUAAACGCGAAUCGAAUCCGUUUCUUAGUGCAAAUAUAUUAUCGAAAUGGUUUUUUUUAUGGACACGCAUUGUUUUCCAAAGAGGACGACGCAAUCAGUUGAAUACCAACGAGCUGUAUUCGAAUCUUCCCAGUUUCGACAGCGAAAACUUGACAUUAGAGCUGUUGGAGCCGUGGAAUCUGGAAUCUAAACGUAAGCAUCCAAAUGCAUUGCGUCUUAUAUUCAGAGUAUAUGGUUGGCAAUUUGUGCCCAUAUGUGUACUCUACUCGAUUCUGGAGAUCACCAUACACGCCUUUCAGCCAUUGCUGCUUGGUGGUCUGAUCUCUUACUUUUCGCAGGGCCAGACGAGUAUCAGUAAGGAAAGUGCCUACCUCUACGCAAUGGGCAUUGUUUUGUGCUCCCUGAUCACAUCAGUCUUUUUCCACCCAUUCAUGUUCUAUGUCUUUAAGGUGGGCACUCGCAUAAGACUCGCUUUUGCCGGUCUGGUCUACCGGAAAUGUCUGCGAGCUGGUGUAACCGCCGAUAAUAAUGGCAUGGGUGGCUUUGCCAUAUCCACCAUGUCCAUCGAUUUGCCCCAAUUCGAUCUAACCUUCUACUUCUUCCAUGAUCUGUGGAAGGGGCCCGUCGAGGCCUGUAUUUUUGGCUACAUAAUGUACACUAUAGUUGGCUGGCCAGCAAUUAUUGGAAUUGUUUUUAUUGUGGUGCUGAUACCACUCCAGGCUUGGGCCGCCAAGGCGGCUGCCCACUUUAGAACCUCCUCUGCCGGCCACAGGGACAAACGCGUCAAGCUGAUGAACGAAAUCAUCACCGCCAUUCAAGUGAUAAAGAUGUAUGCUUGGGAAAAAUCAUUUGCCCGUCUGAUAGCAGCGGUGCGUAAGAAGGAAGUGGCUGCCAUCCGGGGAUCCAUGAGCAUCUAUGCGGCCCUUCAGUGUACUAACAUGAUAUCAGCGGUGUCCUUGUUCCUUAGCCUCAUCGCAUAUGUCUACACGGGAGACGUCGUUACAUCGAAAAAAGUAUUCAUUUUAACAUCUUACUAUUCUCUACUGAAUGACUCCCUUCUCCAUUUCUGGCCCUUGGCCAUUAAUACCUGGGCGCAAACUGUGGUCUGCGCUCGUCGCGUUGUGGAAUUCCUACAACAAACCGAGAUGCCACCCGGUGAUGGCUGCCGUGGUUCGGAUAAUCCAGCUCUGGUAUUGGAUACACCUGAAAAAGCUCACCAGGUGGGUCGUUUGUACUGCACUAAGAGCGCCACAAAGUCACUCCGCUUUAAGGAAGUCACAGCCAGCUGGGAUAAGCCCACCACGGAGCAGAAGCGUCGGGCACACAUAGAGAAGAUAAGCUUUGAGGCACGGGAGCGCCAAUUCGUUGGCAUUGUGGGUAGCGUUGGCGCGGGUAAGAGCACCCUGCUGCACGCCAUUCUGGGAGAGUUGGAGUUGAUGGAGGGACGCGUAGAAGUGCAUGGCAAGGUUAGCUAUGCACCACAGGAGCCUUGGAUAUUCCAGGGCAGCAUACGCGAGAACAUUGUAUUCGUUGCGCCCUACGAGGAGCAACGUUACAAGGCGGUGGUGCAUGCCUGCCAGCUGGAGCGAGACAUGGAGCUGUUUCCCCGUGGCGAUGCCACCAUAGUGGGUGAGCGAGGCAUCAGUCUCAGCGGCGGCCAGAAAGCACGCAUUAGCUUGGCCCGCGCCGUGUACCGGCAAGCAGAUAUUUACAUCUUUGACGAUCCCUUGGCCGCCGUCGAUGCUCAAGUGGGUAAGCUGAUGAUGGAUAAGUGUUUCAAUCGUUUUCUGGGCGACAAAAUUCGAAUACUGGUCACCCAUCAUGUCGACCUACUCAAGCAUGUCGACUUCCUUCUGCUGCUUGAGUCUGGUCGCCUGCUCCAACAGGGAAGCUACGAUCUACUGAAGGACAUUAUUUGCCAGCACGCCGCUCCUGACAUGGAGGCCAUCGAGGCGGACAAACAGCAGGUGAAGCGAGCUCUCAGCCAGGUGGACAGGCACUCCAAGCAGCUGGAUAAGGAAUCGAAAGAUCUGAAUGAUCAGGACGAAGAUAUUCAUGCCGAACAGCAAGCUCAAGGUGCUGUGAGCUUUGCCACAUAUAAGUCUUAUUUUAGUGCCUUAGGUAUGCCGCUAUUGGUCUGCCUAGUUCUAGUGCUUUUUAUAGUGGCCAGGGCCUGUCAAGCGGCUAUGGACAUUUUUAUUUCCAAGUGGGCUACUUGGGAGGAAGACAAAGCUGUCGAGUCUAUAGGGGACUACGAAAGUACGCGAACGAAAAUGGUAACCUGGUAUACAGUGCUGGUGGUCUGUACCUUAAUUCUUUAUUUGCUGCGAACCUUCGGCUUCUUCCUCAUGUGUCUGCGCAUCUCUCUUCGCUUACAUGAUCUGCUCUUUAGGGGCAUUAUACGCGCUUGCAUGUACUUCUUCAAUGCGAAUCCAUCGGGUAGAGUUCUGAAUCGUUUCUCCAGCGACAUUCAAAACGUGGACGUGGCUCUGCCUCAGGCCAUGAUGGACUCCCUGCAGUUUCUAGUGGAUGUGGUGGCGGUGUUGGUUAUUGUAGCAAUUGCCAAUUAUUGGUUACUUAUUCCCGCUGCCAUCAUGGUGGUGCUCUUGUACCUCUGCCGGUCGCUUUACAUUGGCGCCAGUCGGAGUCUGAAACGCAUUGAAAGCAUGACACGCAGUCCAAUAUACUCGCACACCAAUCAGACCUUCCAUGGGCUCACCACCAUACGAGCAUUGGAUGCAAUGCCACAACUGGAGCAGACUUUUCAUCAGCACCAAAAUACAAAUUCAUCGGCUUUGUUUUUAUAUGUUAGCGCGAAUCGGGCGUUUUCGUUUUGGACCGAUCUCAUUUGUGUGCUCUUUAUACUAUUCGUGACGUUCAGUUUUCUUGUCAUCAACCAGAGUUUCUAUAGCGGAGACGUGGGCUUAGCCAUCACGCAGUCCAUGACGCUGGUUAUAAUGUGCCAGUGGGGAAUGCGGCAAACGGCGGAGAUGGAAAACAAUAUGACUAGCGUGGAACGAAUAUUGGAGUAUGCCGAAACACCUUCGGAACCGCCGCUGGAAACGCCUCCCAAUGUCAAAUUACCAUUGGAGUGGCCGCAGGCUGGUCAAGUCCGUUUCCAUGAGCUAUGCAUGCGAUAUGCUCCACAGGACAAUUACAUUCUGAAAGGCCUGAGCUUGGAGAUACAGCCCAUGCAAAAAAUUGGAAUAGUGGGACGCACGGGAGCAGGAAAAUCAUCAAUUAUACAGGCAAUGUUCCGUUUGGCUUUGAAUGAUGGCCUCAUCGAGAUCGAUGGCCAGGACAUAGCCAAGCUGGGUCUGCACGACCUGCGCAGUCGCAUCUCAAUCAUACCACAGGAUCCAGUGCUCUUCUCUGGCACCUUACGCUUUAAUCUCGAUCCCUUUGAUGAGAAAAACGACGAGGCUUUAUGGUGUGCCUUGGACGAUGUGAAGUUAAAGGACUACGUAGCCACUCUCGAAGGUGGUCUCUCUUGCCACAUGCAGGAUGGUGGCGCCAACUUCAGUAUGGGUCAGCGACAACUCGUUUGUCUCGCCCGUGCAAUCCUGCGCAGCAAUCGAAUACUCAUUAUGGAUGAGGCCACCGCCAACGUGGACUCGGCUACGGAUAAGCUGAUACAGGAGACUAUUCAAACAAAAUUCGCGCAUUGCACGGUUCUGACCAUUGCCCAUCGCCUGCUCACGGUUAUGGAGACAGACAGUGUUUUGGUUAUGGAUGCGGGUCGAGUUGUAGAAUUUGGACCACCACAUGAGCUGUUGCAGCGUCCUGAUGGUGUGUUGCUUAAGCUGGUUAGUCAAAACGAAGUGGCUACUGUGAAAUAUUUAAGAAGAAUCGCUGAAGAGUCAUACACACGAAAAAAUCAUAUACAGCGAAUUUCAAAAGAAAAAUAUAUUUCCUGA